GUGAGCGGUGAAAAACAACGGUCUUCGUCCGCCAUCUUCUUUACAUCUCUCUGUGACAUUCCUCUGAACGUGUGCCUCGUCGACUUGAGUUAUCUACAAAUAUCUUUAUCGUCAUCGUUAUCUGAGAGAGGAGGGGGGUUGUUGGGCUGUGUGUGUGUGUGUUACGUCGUGCGUAUGGAAGCGAACGUACAGAGAGAGAGAGCACAGCAGGUGACAACAGUGAUGUACAAAAAGCAGCAACAUGAUGCAGGGAUUUCAUUCUUUGUGCUCGUUGGUCUCCCCCGCCCUUCCCCAAGUCUCUCCUCCCUCCACAUGAGGUCUGUACGUCAUCUGACAGCAGGUGUCUUCUUCUUUUUGAUCGUCAAAAAAGCUCUUCUACAGGUAGGACCCGCGCACGGCCUUGUGAUCUUACAAAUCAUUGAUGUUUCAAGAGCUUGAGAUUCCAGAGCACAUUUAAUUACUGGUGUGUGUGUGCGCGCGCGCACUCGUGCAUUCAGAUCAAAUUUAACUAGUCUCCACGUCUCCACAUCUACCGAAUAAUAAUAAUACUUCAAACUUAUAUCGCAAUCUUUUGUAUCUCCAUGUGGACUCAAAGCGCUUGACAUAUUCACAUAAUGUGAGCACUCAAAUGUUUAGCGCAAGAAACAAAUAUUUAUUCAUAUACAAACACGCUUACACACAUCUCACACGCAGUAACACAUGCACAUGCAUACUAUGGGCAAUAAAUAUUGUAGGUAACAAAAUGAAAUGUUUGAAAUUUUCAACAAAUGUUAAAACGAGUAUAAGAUAUAAAUCAUCUUUUCCGGAAUGUUUCUGAGCUGUGAGAAUUGUUUAGGUUCAAAAACCAGGCUGGGUUCUACCUGUGAAAGACCAGGAUGACUGUAGACCACUGACUUCUCUAUGGACAAAGUGUUGUCAACUUGCUGUCUCUACAACUUCUCUCGGCGAAAAAGGUCAGCUGAUAAUCUGUCUACAAACUACAGGCAUCCAUACAUCCUUCUAACAAAAGGUUUGUUUAACGAGGAAGAAAAAAUACAGAACUAAAGUCACGACAAGUCACGUGAUGUCACAGAUGUGCCAGCACUACAAGAAUAAAUUGUUUCCGAUACUCUGUUUACUAUUUUUCGUACUUCAAGAAAAUGUCACAUCAAAAACUGCGACCAGUUAUGGCAACAAGUGGGAAGAAAAACAUAUUACCGAAAAAGUAGUGCUGCCCUUUACACUAGAAUCUAGCAGUCUGUUUAAUUUCAAACACACUGACCGUUACGUGUCUGUAGAAACAGGUGAAGAUGACAAGUCUGACAACGUGGUGACACACGUACAUGGUGUGAGCAACACCAGCUCCGCCACCGAGCCACUGGCGAGUGUCAAUACGUUUGACGACCUGACUACAAGUUUACCUUCACCUCAUUGGCACUUACAGCUUCAAGAAUGUGCCAACCACUCGCACAUUUAUCCCGUGAAGGGCAGCGAAGGGAGCAUCCUCAUUUCUUUCACACCGACCGACGACUCACAGACAUACUCGGUCGUCCUCUCCUGCACCAUCGAGCUGCAAGUUCCCCAAGGAAUGUUGGCUCACGUGUGGUUGUCAACAGGAUUCACGGGAGGUAUACAUUCAGUCAUUUUAACUGAUGAGGACAAUGUGGUUAUAUUUAAUGAUUUUGUCAUCAACCUCCCUACUAAACUUUUCACAUACUCCAAUAUUUUGAGGCUUCAGCUGGUGAUGAGUGGCAUGAUAAAAGCUUUUCAGAUAAACGUGAACUUCACGGCAGUCCCACAAGGAACUCGGCCACAACUCACCACUACCUUCCUCUCCUCAACUACAGGCUAUAUAGACACAACGCAACCGAGAGAAAAUAGAGAAUACCGUCCUUUCAUAAACACAUGGACUUACCUGGUGGCACCUGAAGACCACGCUACUGUUAUAAACAUUUACAUUUAUGAUGGGAGGAUAGACUGCUUAUUUCAUGGCUUAACUUUUUUAAUAAUCUUUCAAACGAAUUUGAAUUCCAAACAAUAUGAUAUAUGUGCUCUACACAAACAUUCAUACACUGAACCAGUUCUUUAUCACGGAGGUGUACGUGUACAGUACAAAAGUUUCACCAGAUAUCCUCAGCCCUUCUUCAGAAUACAGUUCUCGUUCCACCACGUGUCGGCACUACCUGUUCAGCUGUCUGAAGGCAGGUGGAACUGCUCGGCCGUGCGAUGGGAGGACAUGCAGCAUCACUUCCCGUGUAACUUUGUGUCUAACUGUGUGGGCGGCGAAGAUGAAGCUGGAUGCUGGUCAGGUGACGGCACGUGCAGUCCGGGGACAUUGCAGGCUGACGGCCGAUGUUUUUCACUUUCAUUUUUAGUUGAAGAAGAAAUGUCUUGGAUCAAUGCACAUGAACAGUGUCAGAAGCGAGGAGGACAGUUGCCAAGUCUGAGUACAAAACAGGUGUGGGAAUCUGUGACAGACCUUUUCGUGAGGACUGACGAAUGUUCUUGUUUCUUCAUUGGCGCCAGGUCAGCCCCUCCGACAAUAUCCGUGAUGUAUAGAAACAGCUGGAUGUGGUCAGACGACACGAUCGCCCAUUUCAUCAAACUGUAUACACUGGCGCUCUCUCGUUUUAAUACUGAUCUUUGCACUUCUUUGUGGAAUCUGAUUAGAACAUUUGACAAGAUUCCACUUUUAAUGAGAGAGUGUCAAGACUCCUAUGCUGCUUCUUGUCUUUUGUGUGAGAUUCCGGGAACUUCAAGUUUAUAUGAACACAAUAAACUGCCAGAGAUAAGAACAAUAUCCACUCCAAAUUUCAGCAAGGUCACGUUAUGUACAUAUUUUUUGUGAAUCUCAUUAGUCUUUUGUUUAAAUGCACAUACACUAUAUGCAAAGAAGAACUGUUUACAAUAUAAGUUUUUAUUCAUCAAGCAAAGAAAACUUCUAAUACCUUCUCCUUUACAAACAGGUGUAUAAAUGGUGGUAAAAAUUUAAACUGUCAACAAUAGUGUGCUUACUACUUCCUGUGCACUUUAUUUCUACUAGUAUAAUUAUUGUCUACAUUUUUUUAACUGUGAAACAUA